AUGAAGUUACAUACUAGUAUCUUCUUGGUGUUGGUGUUCGCACUCUACAUCGGUCAUACUGUUUCUCAGAACUCUGAUCAUGACUUGUGCCGUGGAUUCUCAUGUCCUGUCGGCUAUGAGUGUAAAGAUGAUUGCGGUAAAGCAAUAUGCGUGUUAUGUUCAACACCAACAACCACAACUACCACAAUAACAACUGUUCUCGAAGCAUGUGCCAACGUCCAUUGUCCUGUUGGCACCAUCUGUGCCAUUGUCCGAGGCAACCCAACAUGUCUCAGCACCACCUCCUCUCAGAUCACCUCAGGCACAACUAAUCCUUGUUCAUUGAUUAGAUGUGGCUAUGGUUCAAUCUGCCAGAUCAUCAAUGGUUAUACCCAAUGUGUCCCCAUCACCUCUGCAUCCACGGUGGCCACCACAACGUUGUCAACACAGUCCACUGUUGCCUCAACAACCUUCUCCACUGUUGCUACUCAAACAGCAUCAACUGUGGUAACAACGACAAUAUCCACACAGUCCACAGUGGCCAGCACUAUUGUCACGUCGUCAUCGAUGACAUCGCCUGUCUCGACAGUGGCAACCACAUCAGUCUCCACCCAAUCAACAGUUGCAAGCACUGUUGCCGGUGCAUCGACCUCAACAAUGUCGACGACAGUGAGCACCACUGCCACUACCACUGCCUCGACAACGGGACCAGCUUCAACCAUCACUCAAACAACAUCUGCCACGACAACGGUUACAACGACCUCAAAGCCAACAACCAUGUCGACCACAGUGAGCACUACCGCCUCUACCACUGCCUCAACAACUGGUCCAGCCUCAACGAUCACUCAAACAACAUCUGCCACGACUACCGUAACAACGACGUCCAAGCCAACAACCAUGUCAACAACAUUGUCAACCACUGUUAGCACCACAGUCUCCACACAGUCAACAGUUGCCAGCACAGUUGCCGGUGCAUCGACCUCAACAAUGUCGACCACUGUGAGCACUACUGCCACUACAACAGCCUCGACAACGGGACCAGCUUCAACAAUCACCCAAACUUCCUCCGCCACGACAACAGUCACAACGACAUCCAAGCCAACAACCAUGUCGACCACAGUGAGCACUACCGCCUCUACCACUGCCUCGACAACUGGUCCAGCCUCAACCAUCACUCAAACAACUACUGCCACGACUACAAUUUCAACGACCUCCAAGCCAACAACGAUGUCUACAACUGUGAGCACUACUCUCUCCACCACAGCAUCAACGACGGGACCAGCCUCAACCAUCACUCAAACAACUACCGCCACGACCACAGUGUCCACAACUUCCAGGCCAACAACUAUGUCGACGACUGUGAGCACCACUAUCUCCACCACAGCAUCAACAACGGGACCAUCCUCAACGAUCACUCAAACAACCUCUGCCACGACAACUGUUACAACGACCUCCAAGCCAACAACCAUGUCAACAACACUGAGCACAACUGUCUCAACCCAGUCAACAGUUGCCAGUGCAUCCACCACAGUGAGCACAACCACCUCGGUACCGACGUCAACGAUCGUGAGCACAACUGCUACCACCCAAACAACUACCGCCACGACCAUUGUGUCCACAACAUCCAGGCCAACAACUAUGUCUACCACUGUGAGCACCACCGGCACUACAACAGCCUCGACAUCUGGUCCAGCCUCAACCAUCACUCAAACAACUACCGCCACAACUACAGCUUCAACGACCUCCAAGCCAACAACCAUGUCUACAACUGUCAGUACAACAGUCUCCACCCAAUCAACAGUUGCAAGCACAAGUGCGGGUGCAUCGACCACUGUAAGCACCGUUACCACAACAGCCUCUACUACGGGUCCAGCCACCACUCAGUCCACAACUGUCACUACCACGGCGAGUACCACUUCACCUGCAACCACCACCGCCAGCACGUCCCCUGCCACGACUACAUCCCCUGUCACGACCACAGCAACUACCACGUCCCCUGCAACCACCACCGCCAGCACCUCCCCGGCCACAACUACAUCCCCGGCCACGACUACAUCCCCUGCCACGACCACGGCUACUACCACCACUGCCACUACUGGAGCGGAAGACCCAAAGUUCACUAUCCGUGGAUAUGCAUUCUUCGACGCCAACAAUGAUGGCAUCAAUGAAAACAACAAUGAUGAAUACAGAAUCAAUGGCAUCAAGGUUGAGCUAUUGGAUGAGAAUAACAAUAUUUUGAACACUGCUAAUACUGACACCAGCAAGCUCAACAAUGCCUUUGUGUUCUCUCCUGUCCGGGCUGGCAAGUACUGCAUCAGGAUGACUGAUGUCCAAUUCCCAGCAACUCCUACACCCCGGGUCCAAUUGGCAAAGGAAGUGGAGCCAUCAACAAGCUCAGCAGCAAUGGAGUCUAUUGCUUCAAUUUGGAUGCAUCCACUGCUACUGAGUCUGGUACCCCUUAAAGCAUACAACAUUCGUGGCUAUGCUUUCUAUGAUGCCAACAAGGAUGGUAUCAAUCAGAACACAGCCACAGAGUUCAGGAUCAAUGACAUCAAGGUUGAACUCGUCAAGGACGGUGCUGUCAUUCGCUCAGCCGAAACCGACAUCAAGAAGUUCAAUGAUGCAUUCAAGUUCACCAAUCUCUUUGGUGGCGACUAUUGCAUCAGGAUGUCUGAUCCAUCUGGAGUGUUCAUCCCAGGUCCCAAGGGACAAGGAUCCGGAGCAGUGAAUCAACUCGAUGCCAAUGGAGAGUGGUGCUUCACUUUGGAUAGCACAACUGCCACCGAGGCCGCUGCCACCUUGAUGACGGUGCACAGUGGAUGGGUUGCCAAAAACCCACUCGCAGUCCUCGGCUAUGCAUUCUAUGAUGACAACAAAGAUGGCAACGAUCAGAACACAACACAUGAGUACAGGAUCAAGGACAUCGAUGUUGAGCUCACCAAUGAGGCUGGUGACGUCUUGGCCACUGGCAAGACUGACACUACCAAGGGCAACAUGGCGUACUUUUUCGACGGUCUUCUCCCUAACAAGUACUGCAUCAAGAUGACCGAUCCCAAGGGAAUCUUUGUUCCAGGUCCAAUGGGCACAGUUGCGCCAAAGAAUGAUCUCGAUUCCAAUGGCAAGCACUGCUUCACUUUGAGCCAAAGCAACGGUAACAGCAUGUCUAUCAAUGGUGGUUUUGUUGCCGCUAAACCCCUCACUAUUCGUGGAUAUGCCUUCUAUGAUGCUGAAAAGAAUGGAAUCAAUGCGAAUACGCCAGAGGAGUUCAGGAUCAAAGGAAUCAAGGUUGAUCUCGUGAGGAAUUGGGUAGUCAUUAGUUCUGCAACUACAGACACGGCCAAGGUCAAUGAUGCAUUCAUCUUUGAUAACCUCGCUGGAGGCGACUACUGUGUCAAGAUGACUGAUCCAUCUGGCGUGUUCAUCCCAGGUCCCAAGGGUAUACCCGGUCCAACUAGUCCAUCCAAUCAGCAGGACUCCAAAGGACAGUAUUGUUUCACUUUGGACAGCACAACUGCAACUGAAGAGAAUGGCACAAAGAUGACCAUUCACAGUGGAUGGGUUGCCAAGACUCCAAUGACAAUCCGUGGAUAUGCUUUCUAUGAUGACAACAAGGAUGGCACCAACCAGAACACACCAGCAGAGUACAGGAUCAAUGGCAUUGAUGUCCAACUCACUUAUGUUGAUACCAAUACAGUGAUUGCCACUGCCAAGACUGAUAUCAAACUGGUCAAUAAUGCAUUCAAGUUCACCUAUCUCCCAUCUGGAAAGUACUGCAUCAAGAUGACCGAUCCAUCUGGAAGAUACAAACCUGCCCCCAUUGGCACAUCAACAACUUCUCCCAACAAUCACCUUGAUUCCGAUGGCAAUUACUGCUUCACAUUGGACUCCACCACUGCAACAGAGUCAAGCAACACCAUGAUGACCAUUCACUCUGGAUUCGUUGCCACAACCGAGUUUACACUACGUGGUUAUACCUUCUUUGAUGACAACAAAGAUGGUGCCAAUGAGAAUACACCUGCUGAGUACAGGAUCAAUGGCAUUGAUGUUGAACUCUCCUCUGAUGAUGCUGGUGGUGCUGUUAUUCGAACUGGCAAGACUAAUACCUCCAAGGUCAAUGAUGCAUUCAAGUUCACCAAUCUCCAAUCGGGCAAGUACUGCAUUAAGAUGACCGACCCAACUGGCAGAUAUAAGCCUGCUCCAAUUGGCACAUCAGCAACUUCUCCCAACAAUCACCUUGAUUCCGAUGGCAAGUACUGCUUCACAUUGGACUCCACCACUGCAAACGAGGCUAGCAACACCAUGAUGACUAUCCACUCCGGAUACGUCCCUACAACUGACUUGACAAUCCGUGGCUAUGCAUUUUAUGAUAACAACAAGGAUGGCAGCAAUGAGAACACACCAGCAGAGUACAGGAUCAAUGGCAUUGAUGUUGAACUCACCUCUGAUGAUGCUGGUGGAGCUGUUAUUCGUUCGGGCAAGACUGAUACCUCCAAGGUCAACGACGCAUUCAAAUUCGUUGGUCUCCUUGCAGGAAAGUACUGCAUCAAGAUGACCGAUCCAUCUGGAAGAUACAAGCCUGCCCCCAUUGGCACAUCAACAACUUCUCCCAACAAUCACCUUGAUUCCGAUGGCAAGUACUGCUUCACAUUGGACUCCACCUCGGCAACAGAAUCAAGCAACACAAUGAUGACCAUUCACUCUGGAUUCGUUGCUACCAAGGAAUACACUAUCCGUGGCUAUGCAUUCUAUGAUGACAACAAGGACGGUAUCAAUCAGAAUAUUCCAGCGGAGUUCAGGAUCAAAGGAAUCAAUGUUGUUCUCCUGAACAAUGGAAACAUCAUUCGCAAUGGAACAACAGACACGUCCAAGACCAACGAAGCAUUCUUCUUUGAUAACCUCGCUGGAGGCGACUACUGUGUCAAGAUGACUGAUCCAUCUGGAGUGUUCAUCCCAGGUCCCAAGGGUAUACCAGGUCCAACUAGUCCAUCAAAUCAGCAGGAUGCCAAUGGACAGUACUGCUUCACAUUGGACAGCACAACUGCAACUGAAGCGAGUGGCACCAAGAUGACCAUUCACAGUGGAUGGGUUGCCAAGACUCCAAUGACAAUCCGUGGAUAUGCUUUCUAUGAUGACAACAAGGAUGGCACCAACCAGAACACACCAGCAGAGUACAGGAUCAAUGGCAUUGAUGUCCAACUCACUUAUGUUGAUACCAAUACAGUGAUUGCCACCGCCAAGACUGAUAUCAAACUGGUCAAUAAUGCAUUCAAGUUCACCAAUCUCCCAUCUGGAAAGUAUUGCAUCAAGAUGACCGAUCCAUCUGGUAACUACAAGCCCGCCCCCAUUGGCAAAUUAACAACUUCUCCCAACAAUCACCUUGAUUCCGAUGGCAAUUACUGCUUCACAUUGGACUCCACCACUGCAACAGAGUCAAACAACACCAUGAUGACCAUUCACUCUGGAUACGUACCCACCAAGGAAUACACUAUUCGUGGCUAUGCAUUUUAUGAUGCCUACAAGAAUGGAAUCAAUAAUAAUACUCAAGAGCAGUUCAGGAUGAAAGGAAUCAUAGUUGAUCUGUUGAAGAAUGGAGUAGUCAUAAGCAGUCGAGUAACAAACAUUACCAAUGGAAACGAUGCAAUCCGCUUUGAGAAUAUCGCUGGAGGUGACUACUGUGUCAAGAUGACUGAUCCAUCAGGAAUUUACACCCCAGGUCGCCGAGGUCCAGACAAUUUAGAAACUGCCAACAGUCAUCUGGAUCAGAACGGACAGUAUUGCUUCACAUUGGACAGCACACUUGCCUAUGAAGUCUUUGGAACCUGGAUGACCAUUCAUGGUGCAUGGAUUGCCAAGAUACCAUUGGAACUGAGGGGUUAUGCAUUCUUUGAUGCCAAUAAUGAUGGUGUCAACUCGAAUGAUCCCGCUGAGGUCAGGAUCAACGGCAUUGAUGUUCAACUCACCUUGGAGGAUGAAGGUGGCGUUGUUAUCCGAACUGGCAAGACUAAUACCUCCAGAGUCAAUGACGCAUUCAGAUUCAAUGAUCUCCCAUCUGGAAACUACUGCAUCAAGAUGACCGACCCAUCUGGCGUCUAUAAGCCUGGACCCAUCGGUUCAGACCCCAAUCUUCCCAACAACCAACUGGAUGCCACAGGCAAGUACUGCUUCGUUUUGAAUACCACCACGGCAAACGAGUUAUUCAACACCUUAUUGACCAUACAUGGUGGAUUCGUUAAGGUCUAA